UUGAUUUCUUUUUUUUUUUUGAGACACACAAGAUAAUAAAAUCUGAGCUUGAUUAUGUUGAUUAAGUAUUUGACAAACCAGACCUUGUUAACUUUGUAGUGUUUGAUGAAUGCAUUUCAGUAGGUUGGCCUACUUUUUAAUUUUUUUUUUCAGGUCCUAAGGGGCUGUUCUGUCAAAAGUGAGAGACAGCGAAGAGCAAACAAACCUGCGAUGAGCCCCAUAAAUACAACCUCCUUUUUAAAUGCCACUAUUGUGCAUCCUGCGUUCUUUAUCAUAAGUGGAUUUUCUGGUAUCCCCCACACAAAAUACUACUACGUGUUCUUGGGCUUUAUUUACAUUGUGUCUAUACUGGGAAACACUUUUGUCAUGUUUAUGAUUUACACUGACCACUGUCUUCACAGUCCAAAAUACAUUGCAGUGUUUAAUUUGGCUGUGACUGACGUGUGUGUAAGCACAGCACUUGUUCCUCCAUUGAUUGACACCUUCCUGUUUAAAUCACAGUUAAUCUCUUACGAGGCCUGCCUGACUAAUAUGUUUUUUGUUUUUUUGUUUCUCUUCAUGCAGUCUUUCAGUCUCACCGUUAUGUCUUAUGACAGAUGUGUCGCUAUAUGCUUUCCACUGAGAUACAAUGAGAUAAUUACAAACAAAUCAGUGCUGGUGAUCACAACCAUAUUUUGGAUUAUUGCAGGACUGGCCGUUCUCAUACCUGUACUUUUUAUUAACAGACUGUCCUUCUGCAAAUCCACUGUGAUAAACAGCUUUUUCUGUGAUCACGGACCCACAUCUCGUUUAGCGUGCAAUGACUACACUCCAAGUUUUGUGAUGGGUGCAACUCAGCCUGCUAUGUUUUUCUGGCUUCCAUUGCUGUUCAUAACAGGAACAUACAUUUGCAUAGCCCGAGCGUUGUUGAAAAUUGCAUCAGCUUCAGAGCGUCUUAAAGCCAUGAAAACCUGCACCUCUCAUUUGAUCUUGGUGGGUGUGUAUUAUUUUCCUAUGUGUAUCAUCUAUGGAGCAAUCGGCUUCAUUGUUCACCAUAACGUCAGGAUUAUCAACGCAUCUCUGGCGAUGGUCUUGCCGCCUAUGCUUAAUCCAAUCAUUUACUCACUGAAGACAGAAGAAUUCACAGAAUCCAUUAAAAAGCAGUACAGAAGAAAAAAGAUACACUUAACUGUAUUUAAUAAAUGAAUACAUUUUUUAAAAUCACAAAUGACUGACUGGCAUGUUUAACCAUGUUCAUUUUUCCAGACCGUCCAAUUAACUGUGAACUGUAAGAGCAAUUGGCAAAUUUAAUAAAAUGAAUGGGAAUACAGUGAUAGAUAGAGUUGAAUUUACACACUGGACAUUUUACUGUGUGUCCGUCUUUGCUGCGGACUGCAAACAUGUCAAGUUUCAAACAAAGGAAAAUGUGUUUAUAAAUCAAAACAUAACUCGUCAUCCUUACUCUGAACUGCAUAUUAUGGCCUGCAUGAACCCCACUGCCACCCCGACCCGAGGUACAUUGAAGUCAAUUACAUGCUGAAAAAAUGCUUUUACAAUAAAACAAGAUCGUUCCUCAUCAUUAUUAACUGCUGUAAGCAAUGAAUCUCUAAUGCAAUAAUAAAAAAUAAA